AUGGCUGAUAAUUUGGAUGAAUUUAUUGAAGAGCGAAAAGCCAAAUUGGCCAGAGACAAAGCAGAAUUGGAAAGUGAUCUACCAUACAUGGAAAUGAAGGGAAAAGCAUCAGAGAAGCUUUCUGAAAACAGUAAAAUAUUAAUCUCCAUGGCUAAGGAAAACAUACCACCAAACAGUCAACAGACAAGGGGUUCUUUAGGAAUUGAUUAUGGAUUAAGUUUACCACUUGGGGAAGACUAUGAACAGAAGAAACAUAAGCUGAAAGAAGAAUUGCGACAAGAUUACAGACGCUAUCUUACUCAGGGUAUUACACAAGCAAAAAGAAAGAAAAAUUUUCUAUCCACGAGUGAAACAGAUCCAUCUACUCUGGGAGUUUCUCUUCCUAUUGGUGAGAGGUUGUCUGCUAAGGAAAGGUUGAAACUUGAACGUAACAAAGAAUACAAUCAAUUUCUCAGGGAUAAGGAAGAAUCCACUGAAAAGUUCAGACAGGUAGAAAAGAGUACUGAGCAGAAGAAUCAAAGAAGUAAAAAACCUAUCAGUCAGGUUAAACCUGAUUUACCUUCACAAAUACAGUCAUCUUUCGAAAACUCAGAGGGUCCUAGAAAAGAUGUCUUAACUCCUUCAGAGGCAUAUGAAGAACUUCUAAACCAAAGACGAUUAGAAGAGGACAGGUACCGAAAAUUAGAUGAUGAAAUUGAAUUAAGGAACAGUAGAAGAGUCAUUAAAAAAACUGAUGAAGAAGUGGGCGUUUCCAAUAAAAAACAUCAAAGAUUUGACAGCAAGACUGACAUUCCAGACAGAAGAUUUCACAGGUUUAAUGAGGAUCGUGCUUUUGAUAAACAGUAUUACAGACCAGGCUGUGAUCCAGAAGUAAGUGAAGACAUGGAUGAGAGGUUUAGAUAUGAAAGUGAUUUUGAUAGAAGACUUUUGAGAGUUUAUACAAAAGACAGGAUGUACGGGAACAGACGAGGCAAUGAGCCUCCUAUGGAGUAUGAUGGUGAUGUCACAGAAGAGUCAAACAUACGAAUUUCAUCUGCUGGAAAUCAAAGUGCUCGAGACAAUGAACCAUCCAAACCUACUAAUCGAGAGACGUGCAGUCCUUUUGCGGGAAUGCUCUUUGGGGGUGAAGAUCGAGAACUUAUUCAGAGAAGGAAAGAGAAAUAUAGACAAGAGCUAUUGGAACAAAUGGCUGAACAACAGAGGAACAAGAGACGAGAAAAAGAUUUGGAUCUCAGGGUUGCAGCUUCUGGAGCACAAGACCCUGAGAAAUCGCCUCAUAGACUAAAGCAGUUUAGUGUGGCACCAAGACACUUUGAAGAGACGAUACCACCUGAGAGACCCAGAGUAGCUUUCCAGACACCUCUCCCUCCUCUGUCCGCCCCAUCUGUCCCACCCAUCCCAUCAGUUUCCUCCAUCCCAUCUCAGAACGAAGAUGUGCACAGUGGACUCAGCAGCACUCUUGGUGACAUGGUGCCUCCCAGAGUUGCACCUCUGCCUCCACCUCCCAUGCUGCCCCCUUUGGCUACGAACUACCGAACUCCUUAUGAUGACGUGUACUAUUUCUAUGGGGCCAGGAAUACUUUGGAUCCUGGUCUUGCUUAUUAUGGUUCAGGGAUGAUGGGAGUACAGCCUGCUCCUGCUGCUUAUGUUACAGCUCCUGUUACCCACCAACCAGCACAGCCUAUCGUGAGUACAGUUGGACAGAAUGAGCUCAGAAUUACAAGUAAUCGAGCAAUAAAUUCAGGAUUGUUUUUUGAAGAUAAACCAAAGCCUUCAAAACAGUCACUUCAGUCUUACCAGGAAGCUUUGCAGCAGCAGAUUCAAGAAAGACAAGAAAGAAGAAAGAAAGAACGUGAAGAAAAAGAAGUAUAUGAAGCCAAAUUAGAAGCUGAAAUGAGAAGUUAUAACCCCUGGGGGAAAGGUGGAGGUGGUGCUCCUCUGAGAGAUGACAAAGGAAAUCUGAUAACUGAUUUGAAUAGGAUGCACAGACAAAAUAUAGAUGCCUACCAUAACCCAGAUGCAAGAACAUAUGAAGAUAAAAGGGCUGUUGUAUCUCUAGACCAAAAUUUAGCCACUUCAAAUGCUGAGAACCAAGAAGAUGCUGCAAAUAAAAACUCAGGUCAUAUGCAAACACAGAGCUCUCCGUUUGCUCGGGGAAAUAUUUUUAGUGAGCCUCCAACUGAACUUCAGAUUAAGCAGCAGGAAUUAUACAAGAACUUUCUUCGUUUUCAGAUUGAAGAAAAGAAGCAAAGAGAAGAAGCAGAGCGAGAGAGAUUAAGAAUUGCUGAAGAAAAAGAAGAAAAGCGGCUUGCAGAACAGAGAGCUCGAAUCCAGCAAGAGUAUGAGGAGGAGCAGGAAAAGAAAAGGGAGAAAGAGGAGGAGCAAAGACUGAAAAAUGAAGAGCUUAUUCGGUUAGCUGAAGAAAGACGAAAAGAAGCAGAAAGAAAGAAGAAAGAAGAAGAAGAAAAACGUAACUUACAACUUCAGCACUACUAUGAAAGAGAAAAUAUGGUUGGGGAAGAUACAAAGCACUUGAGACAGCCUUCUCCUGUAGUUCCUGCUCUUCAGAAUAAGAUUGCAAGCAGACUCCAAAGACCUCCUUCAGUUGACAGCAUUAUAACUUCCUUUACUCAGGACAGUUCUGUGUCCAUGGCACAGUCUCCUCCAGUACCUGCCAGGAAAAACCAGCUUCGUGCAGAAGAGGAGAAGAAAAAUGUAAUUAUGGAAUUAUCAGAAAUGAGAAAACAGCUUCGUAGUGAAGAGCGACGUCUGCAGGGGCGGUUACUACACAUUGACAGUGACGACGACGUUCAUAUAAGGAAAAGAGAAAGUUCCAUGGAUGUAUUUGAUAUGGCCAGACAUCGGUUACAAGCUCCUGUCAGAAGACCGUCACCUAAGAGCUUAGACUCUGCUUCUUCUCAGAAUAUUCAUGACUUUAAGGAACUGAAAGACAGAGAUUCAGAAACACGAGCUGAUCCGAAAUCUGUGUACCCAGAUGAUCCAAGAGAUAAUGACACCUUGGAGAUAGAACAGCAAGCCUUGCUAAGAGAGCAGCAGAAGAGACUGAAUAAACUAAAAAUGCAGGAAGGUGCUAAAGCUGACUUGGAUGCUGUCCCAAGCACUAAAGCACGAGACCACAGAAUGCCCAGAGAUGACACUGAUGAUUUCUUGACAAACUCAUUAUUAGAAUCUGAUAGUGCUUUUAUUGGUGCACACGGUGAGACGUACCCUGCCAUUGAGGAUGGGGGCUUCCUGCCACUGUCUCCGCUGCCCUCCGCCAGAGAGCGCAGGAGGAACAAACUGAAAGGAUUGGACUUCGAUAACAGUCACCCUGAUGUGCCACCAGAUGGUGUCUCUUUAAAAUCUGUAUCCAGUAUAAAUAUUGAUCAACUUAGAAUGAGAAAUGAAGAAAGAAUGAGAAGACUGAAUGAACUUCAGAAUAAACCUAUUACUGCAGAUGAUGAGAGUUCACUGGCUGACCCUGAUGACAUCAUGAGGCACCGGGGUGACGACGGAUCAAACUCUGUAGCCACUGAGCCCUGGCUCCGCCCAGGCACCUCGGAAACACUGAAGCGAUUCAUGGCGGAACAGCUGAGGCAGGAACAGCAGCAGGGUCCUGGCAAACUAGGCACUUUCGCCUGGCAGGGCCUGUCUACUGCACACGGUUAA